AUGAAUCAACAGCAACAACAACGACAACAACGACAACAACAACAACGAUCCAAUAAUAAUAACGGCAAUGCUCCUUUCAAUCCUCUCAAACCUGUAUAUAAAUUACUCUGCAGAUACUGCCAUAAUAUGGUGUGUGCGCGUGGCAUGCGGGCCAUUUUAUUGGCUGAUACCAACAUUGAGCUUUACAGCACAGACAUCCCAGCCACUUCCAUUCAAUUGAUGGACAAGGAUUAUCUUACUCGAACAUGUCAUUGUCGGAUACGUGAUGUAGCAUGUCGUGAAUGUGGUAACAUCAUUGGAUACCAUGUUGUUGCGCCAUGUAGCCGAUGUCUUCAAGCUUGUAACAAUGGUCAUUUUUGGAUGUUUCAUUCCGAUGCAUGCCAGCCAAAUGAACGGAAAGAUAUCACAGGCAAAUGUACGAUUCUAUGGAAUAAUCUACCGCGUGCCGAGCAGGAUUUCGAUUUCAUUAUGGGCACCACCAUACCAUACGAUCAAAUCUGCCGUUAG